AUGAUCUUGGUAGCUGGUUUUACAGCAGAGAAGUCUUUCUGGUGGGAUACACACCCAUGGCGAGAAGACUCACGCUUUGAACAGUCGAAACAAUACUCAAAAGCUGUUAUGAAGUCCCAUAGAAACAGGGAAUCCACCCUGGGAGCCCACCUUCAUGCCAAAGUCGAGUUGGUAUUCGGAAAACCCAACCAAGCUGCAGUCCUCGCCCAAUUCCGCAACGUCCUAGAGGAGUUGGUGCUUUGGGAUGAGAACCAAACGUCUCUAUACAUUCAAUUCUUCAGCAUAUCCAAACAAUUCAUUACUAGGAUUCUGGUCUUCGUUAACCAUCCCAUGUAUUACUUCUAUAAUAUUGUGCAAUCAGUGGGCAGGAAGAUGGACGAGAAGCUCAAGAUAGCAGCACAAUUAGCAAGAGUUACGCGAACGGAGAAAGAAGAGAUAUAUUUUGAGUGGAGGGCAUUAGACAGAAUGCAGAGGAAGGCAGAUCGGGCAGCCAAUGGCACUGAAUUCCCCAAGACCGUCGAAAUUUUAUGUCAUUCGAAUGAAGAGAAAUUGCAAAGGUUGUGGCAAAAAGGCUCUGAACGAGUUUUUGAGCUUCCUGUUAACGAUGUACCAUGGAUGAGAAGUGAUAAGAAGUUGUUGAAGAAGGAUCGAGACACUGUUAUUGUAAAAUAUAAUGAAUGGGCUAUAGAGCAAGAAGGUCGUACUCUGUUACUGACUACUGAGGAGGAGAUUGAGAAAGAGGAAGAGGCGCUUUUGCGGAGGGAGGAACGCUGGAAGAAAAACAAGGUGUACGAGGAUUUAUAUAUUGACGAGAGACGUUUCAGGGAUAGAGAGCCGGAGAUUCCCGCGGCUAAGGAACGGAAGGAAAGAGAGAUGUACUUGGAGUUACGGGGGAUGACUUUCUGGGGCUUAGUUCGCGAUAUUCCAGCAUAUCGGGAGCGUAACGAGCUUGGAAAUAAUACAGUUAUUUACCCUAAUAUAUACUAA